GUGAAGUACCAGCGUGGGAUGAAGGAGAUGAAGGGCCGGUCCUGCAACGAGUUGGACACGCCCGAACUGAGGCGUGUCAGGAAGUCCCAGAACGACAUCUCCAUGGUAGAGCUCAGGUUACCAUGGCGGUUGCGCAGACCAUGGAGCGAGUUAACACAACUCAAGCACACUGCGGGUGGGACUGCUGCACUUUUAACAUACAGAGCUAAAGAGUUAACAGCAUGGCUGUUUCCUUUCAUGAGGGAGCCAUAAUGAGCGUGUGUUCGUGAGCGUGUCUGUGAGUGUGUUUUACUAAUAAAAAUAUUUGCACAUGGUUUCUUGUGUGGAGUUUUUUUGCAUACUGACCAAAAUACACCCUUUUCUCACUGACCAAAACGCACUCUGUGUGUGUGUGUGUGUGUGUGUGUGUGUGUGUGUGUGUGUGUGUGUGUGUGUGUGUGUGUGUGUGUGUGUGUGUGUGUGUGUGUGUGCGUGCGUGCGUGCGUGCGUGCGUGCGUGCGUGCGUGCGUGCGUGCGUGCGUGCGUGCGUGCGUGCGUGCGUGCGUGCGUGCGUGCGUGCGUGCGUGCGUGCGUGCGUGCGUGCGUGCGUGCGUGCGUGCGUGCGUGCGUGCGUGCGUGUCGGCACGUGUUUUUGUGCGCUUGACAGCCGUUUUGCCUGGUGUGACACAAUUUCACAAAUGUGUUAAUGUUCAUCAAUAAUGUUCCUCUCAUUAAGCUGCAACACAAAACUCUGAGUUGUUAUCAUGAUGCUGAAAAUGUGCCACCCAUAUUUGCUUUGACAGGCAAAAUACCACGAGGACUUUGAGCGGACGAGGGGCCGAGGCUGCACCCCAGUGAUGGAGGACCAAAGCAUGGCGAGAAUGCACCACCGGAACAACCUAAUGAUGGGUGAGGCAGCCUACAAGGGGGUGCACCCACAGGUGGUGGAGAUGGACAGGAGACCCGGCGGCAUCAUCGUAGGUGAGCGGCACACAAAAAAGGAUUUGACCUUAAAGUCAGGGAAAUUGAUUCUUAAUUAAUCUAAUCUUUGAAGAGUCAGGGGAAUUUGUGAUGUCCUUUUCAAUGACAUUUGCUGUCUAGUGUCUAGCAAUUAGGGGUUGUUUAGUGUCAGUGAAUACAAGGAUACAAGCCCAGAUGUGUCCACGUUACAUUUGUGGAAACAGAAAAGAUCCAUUGUGACAAGUUUCUCACUCUGCAGACGGAAGCUCCACGUUAGACUCUACUCACCUGGCCCGAAACUGUAUGUGGUUUCUCUAUGUAAUCUACAUGACUUCAGCUGUGUAUUUCUGGUUUCCUUUCCUUUGUAUUCCUGUUUUCUUCCUGUCUUAUCUCUUUAAGUCUAAAUUACCUUUCCCUGACCUUUCUCCUGUCAAAGACCUUAAGGUGUGGCGGACGGACCCAGGCUCCAUCUUUGACUUUGACCCUGUGGAGGAUAACAUUCAGUCUAAAAGUCUUCACAGACUGUCUGGUACUACAAACCCUACAUAAUGCUUUCAUCUCCCUCCACACUUUCCUGUAUAUCCUCCUCCUGCUCACUCAUCUCUUCAACAUUCAGCUGCAUUUCCUCCUCCCUAUGUUCUCUGUUUAUUUUCUUUCCAUUUCCUGACUGUUGUUUUUCCUACUGUCUCUGUCGCCCUCUUCUGGUGGUGCACCAGAGCGUGCGAGCCGCCUCACCCGGCAGCAGUCUCAGCAGUCGGUACACUCGCAGGCCCAGUCAGUGAGUUCACUGGCCUCUGCCUCUGACCUGUGGGACAAAAGCCUGUCUGUCUGCAGCAGCAGCUCUGCACUGCAGUCACAGGACAGAGGUAGUCAGAGCUCAGUCAGAUUUUUUUUUUUUUAAGCAUAUAGAAAUUAGAUUUUUUAAUUAUUAGGUCAUACAGAUGCUUGGACUCGUGAGUCAACACACCAAUAACAAGCAUGUGCACACACACAUACACACACACACAUACACACAGUGGAAGGAGUAGACAUCAUUCAUUCAUUCAUCCAUUGACUAUCAGUGUGACCCCUGAUUCCCCUCUAACCUAACUCCUCUCCCAGCACGUGUCUGACCAACAGAAUGCCUCCCUUGCCCUUCUCUAUACAACCUGACCAACAGCCCACUGAUAUGAGGUACACAGGAGUCCCUAACCCAAUGUUUGAAUGCCUCCAAGGGUUUUGGCGAUGGUUGUGAUGUUUAACUGUUUUAACUCUAAUUCUCUCACAGUUCUCUUCCCUGCCCACAGAAAUACCUAACAGUCAGUAACUAUUUGAUUGAUUUCAAGGUCAACUGGGGAUGGCAUGGUUCCAUUUAGAUUUCUUUGUGAUGUGAUGUUCUAACGAUCACCUAGUAUGCGCAGUGCAACUCAAUGGAGAAGGUAUUCCUGCUAAAAAAAAACAGUUUUGAGCACUAAAUGAAAGGUCUCAAACUUUUGUCAUCAAUGUCUAUGUGUCUUCCUGUCUGUCUUUGACUACCAGCCCCUGUGCUACCUGGGGCGUACCAUCAGAGUGGCCAGCAGCAGCAGCAUGGGUAUGGCUACAUGCACCAAACCAGCAUGUCCUCUGUGAGGUCUGUGCAGUCCCCCCCAUCUGUCACCAUGGUGAGUUCCAAUGCAAGCAGUCUAUUAUUGUAGUUUGAAUUCCUACAGGAUCUUAUUUGUAUGUCAUGUUCAAUUCAAUUAGUAGAUUAUCCGAAAUAUGUCACUAAAAUAUUUGUUAACAACAAAAUAUUCACACAGUCAACUACUUGUAUGCUGUGAUAUUUAUGUUGUACAAUUAACAUUGUAGACACACAUGAUUAACAUUGUUGCCAUUCCUCCCAUUCAGAGAGUGUACCGGGCGCUCUACGACUACGCAGCGCAGGACCAUGACGAGGUGUCCUUCUGCGAUGGUGACGUCAUCGUCAACGCUCAGCCCAUCGACGAGGGCUGGAUGUACGGCACC